AGAAUCCGUUUGGCUGGCUGGCUGGCCCGGCAUAGCUGGCUCCUCCGUUUAAAGAAAACGACAAUGACAAUGUGAGUAAAUGUUCAUUUUCUCUAUUUCGUCAAAUCUCAAAUCCGCCGAAAAGAAAUCCUCCUCCUUUCGUAAACCACCGCCCAAAACCAUUAAUCAUGGCCGCUGCUUCCCCGCGCGAGGAGAACGUCUACAUGGCUAAGCUCGCCGAGCAAGCCGAGCGUUACGAGGAGAUGGUCAAGUUCAUGGAAAACGUCGUUUCCGCCGUCCCUCCACCCGACGAACUCACCGUCGAGGAGCGCAACUUACUCUCUGUCGCCUACAAGAACGUCAUCGGCGCCCGCCGUGCCUCUUGGCGGAUCGUCUCCUCCAUCGAGCAGAAGGAGGAAGGGCGCGGCAACAACGACCACGUUUCCGUCAUCCGCGACUACAGGGCCAAGAUCGAGGCCGAGUUGUCCGAGAUUUGCGCCGGAAUUCUGAAGCUCCUCGACGAGAAGCUUGUUCCGGCUGCUGGAACCGGCGAUUCCAAGGUGUUUUACCUGAAAAUGAAGGGUGAUUACCAUAGGUACUUGGCUGAGUUCAAGACUGGCGAUGAAAGGAAAGCUGCUGCCGAGAACACCUUGACUGCGUAUAAAUCUGCUCAGGACAUUGCAAAUACUGAGCUAGCCCCGACUCAUCCUAUCCGUUUAGGAUUGGCUCUAAACUUUUCUGUCUUCUACUAUGAGAUCCUGAAUUCUCCGGAUCGUGCUUGCAGUCUUGCCAAACAGGCUUUUGAUGAAGCCAUUGCUGAGCUCGAUACUCUUGGAGAGGAUUCAUACAAGGACAGCACUUUGAUAAUGCAACUUCUCCGUGAUAACCUCACUUUGUGGACCUCGGAUAUGCAGGAUGAUGGAACUGAUGAGAUCAAAGAAGCUUCCAAACGUGAAGAUGAGAAACAACCGUGAAGUUCCAAAUCUUUGUGGUAGUAUUUUGCUUCUCUUCUUGUUUUUGUAUGGAGAAGUUGGUUGGUCCUACUAUCUCCAGUUACUUGUUUUUAGUUGAUCAUGCCUGGAUUUAUCAAUUCCUUAGCAUUUCGCUGGAGCGAAUUUGACUUGAAGCUUUCUGAUUGCAGUGAGGCUAUGUGCACUCUUUUUAUUAAUUGUUUUCUCGACAAUAACGGAGUUGAAUAUUGAGAUAUUUCCUAAGCUUAAUUUUUUAAGACGUUUUCUUCGAA